CCCUAAUAUUCAAUGGUUGCACAUCAUACACACGUCUAUCGAAAGGUAGUCCGAGAGAUAGCCAAAGCGACUGUCAAACCUCGGCUAGCUCGGAACAAAGACAUUGCUUCAAACUUCCGAGCCCUGUUCGCACAGAGUGCACGACCCGAGGAUACGCAACAUUUUCAUCACGAUAUGCAGAAUGCCUUGACUUUCUUGCGAUCUCAGCGAGAAUAUAAGGCUUUGUUGGAGAGAUAUAACCCAUUAAUUGACCUAACAGCGGAGGAACGUAUCGAAGCGACCGCACGACGAGUUGGACUGAAUAUGCCCAAGACCCAUGUACCUGAUUCCCGGGACACGUAGUGACAGAGUUACUAGAUGCAUUCGAAUGUAACCGGUCAAUCUCUGUUUACCAAGAGUAGUGACUCGAUAAAAGGAUGUCAGGCGUAGUAUAUCAUGAUACCAGGUCAUUUUAGAUGUCUAUACCAUGGCGCGCAGCGAGACUAACUUAAAAGUUGUAUCUAAUAUACUAUUGAUUACCCGA